AGCGCAAUCCCCCUUCGCAUGGAACAUUUUAAACGCAAAAUACAUAUCAUGAAAACGUCACGACUUCCUUGGCGUGAAUUCCUACAUUGUCACCGAUAUCCAAAAGCAAAUAAGUAUUAGAGAGGUAUUAACCUUUUGUUUUGCUACUACCGGUUAAAUUUGUGGAUAAAUCGAUUGUGAGCCAGACGUCAUCUAGCAGUGUCAGUGGAAGGUUAAACUUUACUUAAACAACAACUUACUGAAGCAGCAAGUUUACUAGAAAAACACAUUCACUAAAGCAACACUGAAGCAUGGGUAAAGACGGUACAAAACCUACAUCCCAGCCAGGAGCAAAAAACUCCAAAGUCUCACCCGUGAACUCACCAGACUCGCCCAAUCAACAGACUGAAGAGCCUACUGACAAACUCGGUGCUGAGGCAAGUGUAGCUGUUGACUUGGGCACUCAAGAUGAGGGUGCCGGUCCCUCGGGUGUUCAGGGUGACGACACCAUCCGUCCCGCCCUGGCUGGGGGCAAGCCGUCCCGUGGUGGUGGCCUCUGUGGGGUGCGCCUGGGGCUGGUGGGGGUGGGUGUGGUCGCCGUGACUGCUCUGCUCGGCUCGUCUGGACUCGGUGCGACUCUUUAUGGCGUGCAUAAAAUUCAAGCCAUGAAAUCAGGACAAGGUUGGUCCGAAUGGACGAAAUGGUCUUCCUGUUCUGCCCUGCCUUGUGGGAGGGGCGUCAAAUCACGUGUUCGCAUCUGUCAAUCAUCUACCUGCUCGGGUGAAGACAACGAAGAAACAUGGUGCUAUUCGUCAUCUUGUUCAGAUUACGAUACCUGGUCAAACUGGUCAAACUGGACUACAUGCAGUGUCACGUGUUCUGGUGGUGUCCAAUCACGAACCAGGUUCUGCUUGAAUCCUUUCCGUGGAUUAGAUCGGCCUGCGUGCCGGGGAGAUAACCAAGAGGAAAGAAUUUGCAACAACCAUCCUUGCAAAACGACUGCGACAAAAUUAAACGGCGGCUGGUCCUCCUGGUCCAACUGGACCGCGUGUAACGAGACCUGCGGAGGCGGAGUCAAGUCACGCAAUCGUACCUGCACCAGGCCCUCUCCUCGUUACGGCGGAGCUGACUGUCAGGGGGAGGGUGACGAGAUCAAGUCGUGUCGUACGUUCAAAUGCCAAGGCCUGGAGUCUUAUUCUAAUCUGACGUGGAUUGACGAUCAUUACUUAGAGGAUCUAUAUAGGUUCCUUGUGGAGACAGAAGUCAGCGCUUCGGCAAACUGGAGACCGUGCUAUCAAAGCUACUAUAACGCAGGGUCAGCCCGGAUGUUUCACAGUGGAUGCAACAGCAGAGGGCCCACAGUAACCAUUGUGUACGUCGGGGAUUUUGUAUUUGGUGGAUACACGGAUGUUUCAUGGGGGAGCUUGGAGAGAUAUAAGACUUCAAGGGAUUCGUUUCUGUUCAUAUUAUACGGCCCACAAGGAUACAAGCCAACAAAGCUUCCUUUAAAAACCUCCCCCUGCGAGUAUGCCAUCUAUGACGACAGCUCUUACGGGCCCACUUUUGGAGGAGGGCAUGAUUUGAGGAUCGAUCUCGACAACCCUAGCCGGUCAUUUAGCAGUCCUUAUUCGUACGAGCGGCCCCCAGGGUGCUACAAUAGAACAGCGUGCGGCACGCUGGUGGGGAGUCAAAGGUUUCGGCCUGAUUGGGUCGAGGUGUUCUACGAUGCAAACUUUGACCAAGGAGGUCUUACAUCCUCAUCCAUCUUAACCGAAAGUAGAGGCGACACCUACUGGCUAUACAACCAACUAAGGCCAGUGCAGCAGAGUCCCUCUAGUACCUGGAGACUUUGCUAUAGAGCCGGUUCACAUGGAUGGGCUGCCAGCACGUUCCACAGCUAUUGCAACAACAUGGGACCAACCGUCACCAUAGUGAAAACGAGCAGCUACAUCUUUGGCGGUUACACGGACCAGUCUUGGACAGGCUGUAAUUGCUGGAAGUCAUCAAGCAAGUCCUUCAUGUUCACUAUUUACAACACGUUCGGAUACAAACCUGCAAAGCUGCCACUCAGAUACUCACCUCAUGGACAUGCCAUCUAUGAUAACUACGGCUACGGACCCACAUUUGGAGGAGGUCAUGACUUGUAUAUUACUAACUAUCCAGAUAGAAACACCAACUCUUAUAGUUCACACACCUACGAUCGACCCAGGUGGUGUACGUCUGAUAGCUGCGAUGUACUGGCUGGAAGCACUAGCUUUUAUCUUAGUGAUAUCGAGGUUUUCUACGAAGUCUUCUAAACUUUUAAUAAUUAAACUUUAAGAGACAAAAUCUUUGAAAGGGCCAGAGUUUGAUAAAGAUUUCUUGGAAAACCAACACAUAUAGCGUUUGGACGUUCAUCGUUUUUCAUUAACACACGGCCCCCUGGCCUAUCAGAAUACACGUUAAAAUUCACGUUAGAAAUCACUAGAAGACUUUAAAAAUACAGAAGCUUAUUAUCCGGGAUUGUCCACGCCCUUAUCACAGGUCCCUCUCAAGUGCUUACGGACAUGUUUCUAUGGCUGGUUCAUAACAGAGCUUCUGUAGACCGGGAUUAUCGCACACCAUCUCGCACCUCCCGCUCGCUUACUUAAUUUUCGUACACUUUGUGUUUAAUAAGCGCGAGAUUAUUUCUUAAGCGAAAAGUAGUCUUUGGAAAUUGAGUCUUUUUAUUACUUUAAACUGCAUGUGUGGAUGAACUAUUAUUUUGAAUAAGCAUAUAUCAAUGUAUAGUUAUAGAGUGUCGUAUUUCUCAUCGUCGACGACAACCCGCUGACCAGCACUGACAUGGUUCAUCAUUAGGCGACAUAUAGCCAAUGUAUAGUCUAAUCUAAUCUUUUUUUUAGAGACUCGAAAUUGUUACACCUUUGAUCUUGAUGAAGAUUUUUUUUAUCGUCUUUCAAUAAAACUGUAAUCAUAAUUUUAA